GCGGUAGUAGUAAUGCUAUCCGACUACCCAAAUUCAAAUAGACAGAAAGGGACCCUGUCACCCAGUGGUUGAAAUUCAAACUCCUUAAUCACUAAGCCACUGAUCCACCAAAGUGCGCAACUAACUACUUACACUUGAGAUUGAUGUUAUCAAUUAUCACUACUUUAUCGUAUUUAUAUUGGAUCAUAUCACUCCUAAAGGUGAUUUAUCUUUGAUGUGUUUUUUUCGGACCAAUGAAAAGUUGAUAAGCUCUCUUGAUCCAAAUGUAUUAGAACGUCUGCAAUUGUGUAAAGAUCCCUUAUGCCCUGAUUGUAAAUUGACUUUCAAAGAUCCAGAAAUGAAUAACCUAAUACUGCGACUACAUGCUUAUCGUUAUAGUGGAUCUGAUUGGUGCUAUUCUGCACCUUUACCCAGUUGGGUUAUCAAUGAGAAUGUACCAGACUUGCAUGAUGCGAUAGAAGAGGCAAUUAAACAGUUAUAA